CCAACGCACUGUUGGAUUGUCGCGAAUUUCUCCAAAAUCUCGGUUGCGAUUGUUGCUGUUUGCCACAGCAACGAAGUUAAUUUACCGAGUUGUUUGUGUUCCUCGGGCUUUAUCCACUUUCGGAGCCACUUUCCCGUCAAGGUUUUUGUGCAUUAGGGUGUUGUCUGGAACCAUUGUUUGUUGUGUUUUGGGCAUUGGGUUCUUCCAAUUGCACAGUGCCGGGGUUUAUGUUGAGGAAUUCGGGGAGGAGCCCAAUUUUCCCCUCGAGCUCUGGACGUGAUUUGGGCUUGUGAGUGGGGGAAUCGAGGAGCUGGGGAGCAAUGCAGGGGCUUCGGCUGGGAAGUGCUGCUUGCUCCGCUGGAAUUGUGCAACGUCAGAUUCUCAGCAAUGGCGGUCAGAAUGCUGUGAGGCUGGGUUGCAAGAAUGUUGUCUUUGGCCUCCCUAGUUGGGAUUUGGGAUUGCAGCCAACUCGUGCUGUCUCUCUGCUGGAUGGCGGUUCUACUGGAGGCAGAGUUAAGGCCAGAGCGACUGGCCGUGUCGCCCCAGCCGCUAAUGCAAGCAACACGAUGGAGUUGAUUACCGCAGACGAGAAAGAUGAGUUGGAGCUGCUUGAACCGGAUUUCUACAGAAUUGGAUAUGUCCGUCAUGUGCGCGCCUAUGGCAUUGAGUUCAGAGAAGGACCAGAUGGAAUUGGCGUUUAUUCAGCGAAAGACCUUCCUUACCUUGAGAAGCCACGAGUCAUUCUAGAAGUCCCUAUGGAGAUUAUGGUGACAUGUAGGAAAGAUCUGCCUUGGAUGUUCUUUCCCGACAUCGUACCAAUGGGUCAUCCAAUUUUCGAAAUUAUCAACUCCACUGACCCAGAGAAGGAUUGGGAUGUACGCAUGGCUUGCUUGCUUUUAUUGGCACUAGACACUCCAGACAACUUUUGGCAAUUGUAUGGUGACUACCUGCCUAGCGUUGAUGAUAGCAGUAGUCUGCUUUUGGCUUCGGAGGAAGAGUUGCUGGAACUUCAAGAUUCUGAACUAGCUCAGCGAAUUAGAGACUUGCAACAGCGAGCAGAAACUACUUGGGAAAAGCAUUGGCCAGCAGAUUCUAUAUUGAAGUUGAAGAGAUUGUCUCGUGAGCCUGGGCGCUUUCGAUGGGCACUUGCAACAGCUAUGUCUCGUAGCUUCACAAUGCCUAUGAAUGUAGGAACCAUUGUUCAAGACGCUAACAUGCUCAUCCCUUAUGCUGAUAUGUUCAAUCACUCAGUCCAGCCAACAUGUUCUUAUCGAUUUCGGAAGAAGGAUCGCAUGCUGGAAGUGAUUAUCAAUGCUGGUCAGGAAAUCAAGCAAGGAGAUGAGAUGACGUUCAACUAUUUGGAGCAGGGCACAAAUACGACAUUUAUGGAACGAUAUGGGUUCUCCACCGCCGCGAAUCCUUGGGAUACUCUGAGGUUUUCAGGCAAUUCGAAAAUACAUUUAGAUUCGUUCUUGUCUGCUUUCCAAAUUGCUGGAAUGAAGGAUGAGUACUACUAUAAUGAAACUGCUUCCGAGGAGGUAGACCCAUUUAUUGAUGGUACAAUCGUCGCAGCAGCUCGCACACUACCAACCUGGGAAGAAAAGGACUUACCUUAUAUUCCCAGCACAGAAAUACGGUCUGCAUGUGAAUUACAACACGAGUGCCAGCAGCUGCUUGAUGACUUCCCCACCACUUUAGAAGAUGACACACGAUUGCUCAAUGAGCAAGCAGAUGUGAGAAGCCCAAGGUGGAAGGCUGCUAUUAAGUACAGGAUAGAUCGAAAGUCUUUCAUCAAGAAAAUCAUACAAGCUCUAGAUGUGUACAUGGAGAGGAUACUGUAUUAGAUGUUUUUGUUUUAAUUCAUAUUAUCCAUUUUAGGUGACACUUUCCAUUGGUUACCAUUACUUCCAGUCUCCGUUACGCUGGCUGAUUGUCUAUAUGUUGAAGGCGUGAAUUGAGGCAUCGGGUGAGCACCCAAUUAACAUGUUAAGAGUGUAUUGCUGCACCCAGUUACCGGUUCUCAAUGGGGUUUUAAGUCUCUGAUUCUAUAGCUUGUCAGUGUGUACUCCAGAUCUUACAAGUUUAACCAUACAAUGUCGGUUUAACAUAAUAGAGACCUGAGUGUGGACUUGACACUCUCGGAUUAAAACAA